UCCUGAGGCGCCGGGAGCCAGCCGGACAUCACCGCACUGGUCCCGGAGCGCUCAGUUCUGCUUCUUCCUUGUCGCCCCUGCUCUGCCGGCCGCCGCCGCCAUGGACCAAGCUGACAUUGCACUGAUUGGACUGGCCGUCAUGGGCCAGAACUUAAUUCUGAACAUGAAUGACCAUGGAUUUGUGGUCUGUGUUUUCAAUAGGACCGUCUCCAAGGUUGAUGACUUUUUGGCCAACGAGGCAAAGGGAACCAAAGUAGUUGGUGCCAGGUCCUUGCAGGAGAUGGUCUCCAAGCUGAAGAAGCCUCGACGAGUCAUGCUUCUUGUGAAGGCUGGGCGAGCUGUCGAUGAUUUCAUCGAGAAACUGGUACCAUUGUUGGACACUGGUGAUAUCAUCAUCGAUGGAGGAAAUUCUGAAUACCGGGAUACAACAAGAAGAUGCCAGAACCUCAAGGCCAAGGGGAUCUUGUUUGUGGGGAGUGGAGUCAGUGGUGGUGAGGAAGGGGCUCGGUAUGGGCCAUCACUCAUGCCAGGAGGGAACAAAGAGGCAUGGCCCCACAUCAAGACGAUCUUCCAAGCCAUCGCUGCAAAAGUAGGAACUGGAGAACCCUGCUGUGACUGGGUGGGGGACGAGGGGGCCGGGCACUUUGUGAAGAUGGUGCACAACGGGAUCGAGUAUGGUGACAUGCAGCUCAUCUGUGAGGCUUACCACCUGAUGAAGGACGUUCUGGGCAUGCGGCACGAGGAGAUGGCCCGGGCAUUUGAGGAGUGGAACAAGACAGAGCUGGACUCCUUCCUGAUUGAAAUCACCGCUAAUAUCCUCAAAUUCCGGGACACUGAUGGCAAAGAGCUGUUACCAAAGAUCCGGGACAGCGCUGGGCAGAAGGGCACUGGGAAGUGGACCGCCGUCUCAGCACUGGAGUACGGCAUGCCUGUCACCCUCAUUGGAGAAGCCGUCUUCGCUCGGUGCUUGUCCUCUCUGAAGGAGGAGCGAGUUCAAGCCAGCAAAACGCUGAAGGGCCCCCAGCAGGUCCAGCUGGAAGGCAGUAAGGAGUCAUUCCUGGAGGACAUUCGAAAGGCCCUCUAUGCUUCCAAGAUCAUCUCCUAUGCUCAAGGCUUUAUGCUGCUCAGACAGGCAGCCACUGAGUUUGGCUGGACCCUCAAUUAUGGAGCCAUUGCCCUCAUGUGGAGAGGGGGCUGCAUCAUCAGAAGUGUAUUCCUGGGAAAAAUUAAAGAUGCAUUUGAACGAAACCCAGCACUUCAGAACCUGCUGCUAGAUGACUUCUUUAAGUCAGCAGUUGACAACUGCCAGGACUCCUGGCGGCGGGUGGUCAGCACUGGGGUACAGGCAGGCAUUCCUAUGCCCUGCUUCACUACUGCCCUCUCCUUCUAUGAUGGUUACAGACAUGAGGUGCUGCCAGCCAACCUCAUCCAGGCUCAGCGGGAUUACUUUGGGGCUCACACCUAUGAACUCUUAGACAAACCAGGAGAAUUUAUCCAUACCAACUGGACAGGCCACGGUGGCAGUGUGUCAUCCUCUGCGUACAACGCCUAGCAGGACUGUAGCUUCGCCCUCCCUCCCACCAACAGGACAGUCCUGUGGCACACAGCACUCCUCUUUGCCCUAGUUCCUGCUCAGAUCUUUUAGCCAAGUGUUGGCUGUGAUUGCUGAAGAAGUCACCAAGGUCUGUUGUCUGGUAGUUCUGACACCAUGUGCUCCACCUCGACCUUUUGCAUUGCCCAGGAACCGACCUUGUGCGCCACUGCGUGACCGCUCGCUGACUGAGCUGGGCCAUGUGGGUCACAGGGGAUGGAUGUGUGGAUUGUACAGCCUGAACUGUGGAUCAUGUAUGGGUUCUGUUGUCCUCCACUCAUAACGGCUGUAGUUACUUCCGCCGGUUUCUGGGCAUGCCUGGACGUAACAGCCGCCAUUCCAUUGCCAGAGGUCUGCACUGAGUUCACUGUAUGGGAAUUGAUUGCUUUUCCUUUAGCCUUAUUCAUUUUGACUCUGUUUUGUUUUGUUUUCUCUUUUUGAAGACUUCAAAUAACACAGGACACCUUAAGUUGAGGGUAACGAUGAAGUCUGGAGGGAGGUGAGGAGGCACCAAGGAGUAGGGGGACAGGGCUCUCGUGUUGUCUUGUCUUAUUGGGCACAGUAGGUGCCUGGAUUGGAUGUUCAUGUAACGUCUACCCCAUCACACACUGGUAAUAAACUUUUUAGACUGGC